UAGUCGCAGCAGGUGGAAUCGUUAAGCCGUAAAAAAAAAUCGCGGUCUCGUUAGUUAUUGUUGGUUUAACGCUAGUACUAGUUUAUAGUGUUUUGAUUUUAUUUUUACAAUAGUUUAGAAAUAGUGUCAAAAAAAGCUUGAGGCAUAUGGUUUUUUGAUGCAAUGUAGGCGAUGGCAAAUUGGCAAAACCGCCUAAAAAAACACCGAUGGCUUUUCCUUCUAUUAUUAAAAUGCUCAUUUUCUAAAAUUCACGCAAUCCAAGACAACCGGUGCUACUUGGAAAACGGCGGUUCUUCGGAAACCUUUUUCGUGCCGGAAGACCUUCAGGUAGGAGACACCAUUGGUAGGAUCCGAGUGGUGGGUGACCCCAGACCCUUAGUAGGUUCCAUAGUGUUAAAACUUAAAGAACCCGACAGUCCUGUGGAUAUUGCUGAGGGAUCCAAGAACUUAACCUUAAAGAAACCUUUGGACAAAGAAGGCAUCGAUGGCCCGUCGAGUGUCUUUGUCAGCCUCAUAUGCGAAAAAAUUGGAACUUUAGAUCCAGGAUUCGUGAUACCUGUGAAUAUCAGGGUUACAGAUGCCAACGAUAACGCCCCAGUUUUCAUUAACGCCCCGUAUAUCCUCAACAUAUCAGAGGUAACAGUGGUGGGCACCAGGGUCCUACAGGGGGUACAUGCCAUAGAUAAUGACCAACAAGGACCCUUUUCCAGUGUCAGAUACUCCGUGCUUCCCGGUCCGAACUCGGACUAUUUCGAGUUUGAAAACGAGCUCGAAGGCACGUUGGUCCUCAAGAAGCCGUUGGACUACGAAAGUUUAAAAAGCUUCGAUGUGAACAUCAGAGCUCAGGACCACGGUGACCCACCUAAAUAUGCUGACACGGUGCUUACUGUGCAUGUUAUUGAUGCUGACGAUCAGAAUCCCAGAUUCCUGGAUGAUCGAUACACAGCAACGAUCUACGAACCCGCAAUCAAAGAUACCCCGUUAAAGAUAAAACCCAGAGAGAUAAGGGCCUUUGACCAAGACGAGGGCAUCAACGCCCCAGUGUACUACGCCUGGAAUGGAGUGGGUGCCGAAUAUUCACUUUUCAAGUUGGAUAGGCAAACUUCGAGAAUAAUUUUGGAUAAGAACUUGACCGAUCAGGACCUGCAGACUCCUGCUAUUUUAGUUAUUAGGGCCACUCAGCAAGAUAAUCCGGACAGGUAUGCCCUAGCGACCCUGACCGUAACCCGUUCUUCAAUAAAAGGCAUCCGAUUCCUCCACUCGGUAUUCAACUUUAGAGUCUCGGAGUCUUCACAGAUCGGCACCGUAAUCGGGACAUUGGCCAACAACAGACCGGGCCAUCACCUGAAGUACUUCGUAUCGGACCAAAGCGUCCUGAAAACCUUCGCCCUUAAUACUUUGGGCGACUUAUCGCUGAAAAACAAACUCGACUAUGAAACAAAAACGGAAUUCGUUUUUAAAGUUUUCGCUACCGAUGGAAAAACCAACGACUCCAGUAUCGUAAAUAUAACCGUGGAAAACGUGAACGAAUGGGAGCCAAGGUUCCGAUACCCUCACUACGAAUUCUUCGCCAACGUAAACGGAGCGCUCCAUGACCUCGUGGGGAGAAUAGAGGCGGCUGACGGUGACCGUGGCGACAAACUCACCCUGACACUCAGCGGACCGGAUUCACAUUUAUUCUUUGUCACUCCUAACGGGGAAUUAAGACUUAGAAAUGUCAGAGAUCUUCGGGGUAGCACAGCUACGCUCACAGCUACGGCAACGGAUAGCGGAGAUCCUCCGAAGAAAACUAGCGUGCCUAUAACUGUACACUUUCCCACUUCGAGUGGAGAUAUCGAGACGGAACCAUCAUCGGCUAGUAGAGGUACUAGUGGGGCACCAAUACUGCUGGCCAGUCUGGGAGCCGUUUUGCUACUUUUGACUUGUAUAGUCGCCAUACUUGUAGCUUAUAUUUGUAAAGUUAAAAAGUCCUCGUCUACCGCACCUUCGCCCCUACCGUCAGAAGACAAGCCUCUGCAAAAACGCGAGGUGAACAACCCGAUGUUUGGUGGUCGGGCUGCUGGUGGUACCGCGGUAGCACUGGGCGGGAUACCCAGCGAACCCAAGUCGAGAAUACCGAGUCCCAAGGUUCAUCCAGCCCCUCAACCGCCCGGCGGUAUAAAUGUCCUUUGGCCUUCCGCCGCCGGAGCGAGAGUAAAGAAGUUGAGCUGGGGAGACGAUAAGACUGAAUCAGAAAGCAUGGAAAACCUAAGCGCCAUCGAUUCGACUCCGAAGGUCCUAGAGAGCAGCAACCUCACUGUAUAUUUCUAAUUUAUUAUUAAAUGUAUCAUACUGUAUUUAAUUGUAGAUUAACGUUUUCAAAAAAAAAAAACGGGCCGGCAGUUGCAUAUUUAUACCUUAAUAAAUCAUACUUUAGUGAGUAAAU